CCCUUUCGUCCCCUUCUCCGCUCGCCUCCGCCUCCGCCUGUCCGCCCCCACGCUCUCCUAGCUCCCCAUGGCGGGGGACUCGCUCGCUCCGAGCCAAACCGGAGCAACGCCCAACCGCCUAAAGCGCAAGGCCCCUGCAUCUUCCCCCGUCGCCUCCUCCUCCACCUCCUUAGGAGCGGACGAGGCGGCCGGCGAGGAGGACAUCGAGGAGCUGGAGAGGGAGGUGGCCGAUCUGGGCCGCCGAAUACUCGAGCGCCGCCGUGACGCCGCCGUCCGCUACACCAAAGCUGUAGCGACGCGCCUCCUCGGCCUCCGUCCGCCCGCCUGCGUAGAAAUUCCUAGUGAAGCGCAAGCUGCUGCUGAAACCUUGCACGUUGAAGCUGAACAAAAUAGGAUUGAAAAGGUAAAGACGUUGAAAUUGAAGACAGAGGCAAAUAUAGCAGCUCUGCCCAAGGUAGUGGAGCAAAUUAAGGAAUGUGUUGCUCGCAUGGACAAACUGGAGCGUUUAAAUUUGAGUACACAUCCUGUUUACGAAAGAAAACCGUAGCGGUACGCGGCGGGCCUGCUUGCUCACUUGGCAACUGUACGUUGGUGUUUGAAUAGCCUGAUUGGAGUAGUACUUAGGCGGGAUUUUUUACUGACAAAACAUUAAUAUUAACACUAUGGAUUUGUUAGUGGCAUUUUUCCAGAUGUAUUUAAUCAGUGUGCGUGGCUAUUUUGGUCACUUCU